CAUAAAAGCCUGAAGUCGUCUCUUUACUCAGCAUUUUCUUCUUUACCUUCUUGGCAUCUUCUUCUUCUUAAGUUCCAAUGCAUACUUGUAAUAACAAAUCCCUUGAUCAUUGAUGAUUUGGCCCCGCGCAUCAUAAACCGAAAAGCUUUAGUCUGCAACUUAUAAGGUGGAAACUAGAAAUCCCGAGAAAAUAUAAAGGAGUUUUGGGAUAUAUUAAAGAAAAAGAAUGUUGUUGCUCGUGGACUGCUCCAGUUGUCGUACGCCGCUUCACCUCCCUCCCGGGGCCACCCGAAUCCGCUGCUCCAUUUGCCACGCCUUCACUCUCAUCGCUCCCGAGCCCCGUCUCCUAUCUCACGCGCCGGCUACCCCUCUUCCUUUUCCCAACUCAUCUCUUAUACCUCCUCAACCAUCCUCUCACAUCUACCCGCCACCAGCACCCUCUCCGUUUAACCACGCGCCGCUUGCACCUUCUCCGUUUAGUCAAGCGCCGUCUCCACCGUCUCCGUUCAACCACGCGCCUCUAGCACCCUCUUCGUUUAGCCACGCGUCUCCGUACACUCACGUGCCGUCGGAACCGUUGCCGUUCAACCACGCGCCUCCAGCAUCGUAUCCGUUCACUCAUGCGGCCCCGGCACCGUCUCCAUACAAUCACGCGCCGUCGGGUCCCCCGCCGCCGGUACACGGACAGAAGCGAGCGGUGAUCGUGGGGGUUUCUUAUAAGAAUACAAAGGACGAACUGAAAGGAUGUAUCAAUGACGCAAAGUGCAUGAAGUUCAUGUUGAUGAAGCGUUUCCACUUCCCUGAAUCUUGCAUUCUUAUGCUCAACGAAGAAGAAGAGGACCCAUUGAGAUUGCCAACGAAGAACAACAUAACAAUGGCGAUGCAUUGGCUAGUUCUAAGCUGCAAACCAGGAGAUUCCCUCGUUUUCCAUUUCUCCGGUCACGGAAACAACCAGAUGGACCACAACGGCGACGAGAUCGACGGCUUUGACGAGACUCUUCUCCCGGUGGAUCACAGGACUUCAGGUGUCAUCGUGGAUGACGAGAUCAAUGCUACAAUCGUACGGCCUCUCCCUUAUGGAGUCAAGCUCCACGCCAUCAUUGACGCUUGUCAUAGUGGUACCGUCUUGGACCUGCCCUAUCUUUGUAGAAUGGACAGGCUUGGAAACUACGAAUGGGAGGACCAUCGACCUCCAUCAGGAAUAUGGAAAGGUACGAGUGGCGGUGAAAUCUUCUCCUUCACGGGCUGCGAUGAUGACCAGACCUCUGCUGACACUCCGCAAUUGUCAGGGAGUGCGUGGACUGGGGCAAUGACGUAUGCAUUCAUUCAGGCCAUAGAACGUGGUCAUGGGACUACUUAUGGGUCCUUGCUGAAUGCGAUGAGAUCAACGGUUCACGAGAUCUUUGACAAAAAGAAAGGUAGAGAGCUUGUGGAAGUGGAAGGCGGUGAUUUUCUCACUACUCUUCUUGGUUUGCUCAUCUUAGGCGCUGUUCCUUCUGAUGAGGAAGAAGAAGUAAACCAAGCCCCUCAAAAAACUCAGGAACCACAGUUGAGCGCUAACGAGGCAUUUGAUGUGUAUGGGAAGACGUUCUCUUUAUAACAUGGCAUGAAAUGGAAGAGUAUAGAAAUGUCAGAAAAUCAAUUAAAUUCUUUAUUGAGUGAAUGAUACAUGGGACAUGAUCAUUAUAUAUUUAAAUCGGCCUUAAUUAUGAAGUGAAAAUAAUAGUUUUGAGACUUCAUCUUUCAAAAAUACCAUCAAGUUAAAUACUAAUACUGGCGUAUGGUGUUCCCCAUCCUAAUUCCUAAGUUAAAUGA